GUUAAGUCCCCGACAGCCAUUGCCGUUCUUAGUCCGAGCGUUUGGAUCCGGGGCCCCAUGGGGUUUUUUCAGCCCUAUAAUAUGGAGUGAGGUGUAUGGGUUUUGCACUUACUGGCAAACCACCGAAAGUAUAUAUCCUCGAGUGACCAACAGCCACUCCAAGCAUUACUGACUUGCGGUCAUUGUCUUAUAUCGCUGUAGUAAUUACCCUCAACGCCUUGAUUGACCUGUAACGCUGUACGCAAUGCCUGAUAACGAAUUAGCUAUUGCUUGGCCGAGUCAUAUCACGGACGCAGAGAAACAGUUCUUUAAUACCUUUUAUCAGCUUCUCGAUGGGUCAACGCCAGAGGAGGGCAAGGCAUGGAGCGAGACGUUUGCUCCAGAUGGGGAGUUCCGAGCGUUUGGCCAUGUAUUCAAAGGCCAUGCUGCCACCGAGAAACAUAUUAAAGACUUCUGGAAAUCUUUUCCAGGACUGAAGCACCAACCGUUAAAGGCAUAUACAUACGAUCCAGCCGGACUUGAGCUGAUCAUCUUGACAAACUACGAAAUGACUUGCCCCGACGGAUCUGUCGUUGAGGAUAAAAGUGCAGCCCAAUUUCUUCUGAAAGAAGUCGAUGGUCGACGUUUAAUUGAACAACUGACGCUAUACUUGGAUCCCCAGGUAUUGACCAACACCUUGGCGAAACAGGCACUCUAGAACAUAGCAAUCUCAGAUAGCUAGAGUAUAAUAGUAUUGAGUUUGAAUUGUGC